UGUCUAUAUAAAGGCCCAGGCUGGAGCCCAGCUGUGCUGUCCGCAGCAGCUGCCUCUGGAGACAGAGGUGCUAGCGCAGGAUCGCAGCUGUGCCAGAGCUCUGGGAAGGAGCCAUGGAGCAUUGUGCAGGAAGACGAGCUGGUGUCCCCAAGGGUGACCCAGGCAGUGGAGCAGGACAGAGGAGAGAGGCACAGAAGGCAGCAGCAGGACAAGGAGCUGCUGGGCUGAUGGACCCAAGGGAGCUGCUGAAGCUGCCCCUUGGGGUCAAGGUCCCUGUACCGCCCGGCUCCAGGGCUGUGUUCCACAGGGCAAAGCUGCGGGAAAAGCUUCACCAGCCCACCGGCUGUUUCGAUCUGGGAGAUCCCUACAGCCGGCGGUUGGGCACGGAGCACAACAGCCUGCAUGACCCCUAUCUGCAGGGGGACCACAGCCGCAAAGACAACCUGCAGAGGCUGAAGAGAGAGGGAUUUGUCACCCGCGAUGGUAAAGUAGGUUUGGAGGCUGUGGGGCUGAUAUAAAGGACUCCUCAUGAACAGGAUUCCCUGAGUACAGAGAGAGGGAGUGUGUAUGGAGGAACAGCUCCUCC